AUGCCUCAAAAGGUCGUUGUAGUAGGUGCUGGACCAGUGGGGUCCUUGGCCGCCAUAUAUGCUGCAGUACGCGGUCAUGAUGUUGAGGUAUAUGAGCUACGCGCAGAUAUUCGUCAAUCCCCUAGCACGUCAUUGAGUUUCUCCAAAUCCAUCAACCUCGCGCUGUCCGAACGGGGCAUAAAUUCUCUUCGUCAGGCAGGUCUCUCAGAAUUAGAAGAUGCAGUGUUGUCGCAGACAUUUCCUAUGCAGGGCCGCAUGAUUCACGUGCGCAAAAAUGGAGAAUACAUCCGCCAGUCUCAGCAAUACGAUGCCAGAGGCAGAAGUCUGCUCGCUAUGGACCGGACUGAACUCAGCAAAACUCUCCUUGAUCAUCUCGAGGCAAUGCCUAAUGUAAAGCUCAUUUUCAAUCACAAACUCGUUGGUGUAGACUUCAACAAGAAGAUUGCCUGGUUCGAAUAUCGACCCAAGUCAAUCGAGCAGCAAGGCAAUGAGUUUGAGAUCAACUUUGAUCUUAUGAUUGGCGCAGACGGUGCUCAUUCCGCUGUACGAUAUCAGCUCAUGAAAUUUGUGCCCAUGUCUUUCGAACAGGAAUACAUCGACAAGCUGUGGUGUCAAUUCCACGUACCACCUUCGUCGACUGGAGACUUCCGGAUACCUCCAAACUAUUUGCAUAUUUGGCCUCAAGAUGAAUCAAUGUUUAUUGCACUGCCCAAUCUGGACAAAACAUUUACCGCCACGCUCUUUUUGACUAGAGAUGGCUUUGAGCAACUGGACGCUUCGGGGAAAGUUGUUGAAUAUUUCGCUCGAAAGUUUCCUGGAGUCGUCCCCGAGCUUAUCAGUGAAGACGAGCUCCGAAAACAGUAUGCGACGAAUCAACAUCUUCCUUUGAUCUCGAUCAAAUGCUCUCCAUACCAUUACGGCGCAUCUGGAGUCAUUGUCGGCGAUUCAGCCCAUGCCAUGGUGCCAUUUUAUGGUCAAGGCAUGAAUGCAGGAAUGGAAGAUGUGCGCGUAUUGUUUGGCUUCCUCGACAAACACUCUAGCGAUUGGUCCAAGGCUUUGUGUGAAUAUACCAAGGAGCGUGCCCCUGACGCACAGGCAAUAAACGAUCUAGCAUUGGGCAAUUAUCGUGAGAUGGCAUCCGACGUCAAGAAACCGCUGUAUCUCUUACGAAAAUGGAUCGAGGAACAACUCUAUGUCUAUGCACCCAGCCUAGGAUGGGCUACACAGUACUCGCGGGUAACGUUCAGUAACAUGCGAUACUCCGAGGUCCGCUUGGCCACGCAGAGGCAAGCACAGAUACUCAACGGCCUUGUCGGUUUCGCACUUGCCUCUAUGGCAGGAUCUGCAUUCUGGUUCGCCAAAGCAGGUGGUGCGCACAAAGCGAAAAUGGGAAUAUUAAGAUCUAUUUGCGUAAUAGCGCAAAGACUCCAAAAAGUUGUCAAAGGCUAA